GUGAUUUUGUUGACACUACAAAGUGUAGUGUUUGCUUAAAUUGUGGUACUGUCAGUCUAAACAUGCACUAUCGUGGAUGUUGCGGUUGCUGCUAUGCGUAUUGUAGUAGUUGUAGUGUGAAAUUUUGAUUGAGAGAAGUUCUUAAUGCAACGUUGAAAAACACUUAAUGUUAAGAUUUUUAAUCACAUUAGAAGUAAAUUGAGUUUUGAUAGCAGCAAUAUUGCGGUCGCAAUUGCAGUUGCGGACCAUAAUUUAAAACGAUGGUUAUAGUCUUAAUUUAAGUUUUCACACAGGUAAAAGACAGAAGUUGUGAAAGUUUACCAACGUGUGGAAACAUGUUGGUCUUCCAAGAAAUGAUGGGUUGCUAUCAACUUUAUGACUUUGGCAAUAUGAUAAUAUUGCUGCUCCAUCCUAUCGACAUUCCAUGUUAAAUAAACAUUCACAAAGAUCUUAUGCCCUUGUAUAUAUAAACUGAGAACUAGCAUAUGAGAGGAAAACAUAGCCUAGAUUUGUUUCUGAGAAGGAUCAUUGCAGGCAUGGUAAGAACAUUCUUCCGUUUAUUCGUGAUUCUUCUCGGCCUUUCUCAUCUUAUAUGCUCGACCGCAGUCCCAGUCACAAGAACUGAAAACCUUAUGCAAGAUGUCCAAGUUCACCUAAUUACUCUGGAAAAUACCCCUAAGGUUAUUACUGAGAAAAACUUGCAAUUGGAAGAGUUAAACAUUACUGAGAGGAUGGAUUUAGAACUCCAUGAUUAUCCACCAUCUGGCGCGAAUGGUCGUCACACUCCAAGAGCACCAUAACGAUGCGCUGGCUGAUAAAACAUUAGUUUCUAUGUAAAACAUUAUAUUAAGUUGACAUGUGAGUUGCAGAAGCAUUUAUGUAUGAUGAAAGAAAAGACUAAUUAGUGUUUGGUUAUGGGAUCUCAAGAACUCAUGUAUGGUUAUUAACUUCAACUUAUGUAACUUCUGCUUAUUUGUGCUGUCACAGACAUGAUCUUUCAUCA